AUGGCGACCGGCGGCGCUCCGCCUCUCACCAUCAUGAUCCCGCUCGGUGGCAUCGGCUCCCGCUUCCAGCGGGAGGGCUACACCUCGCCCAAGCCCUUCGUCAACGCGAUGAUCCUGUGGGUGAUCGACUCGCUCAAGACGCGGCCGGGCGACGCGCUGGUGAUCGUGUACGACCCAAAGUUCAUCUCUCCAAAGUACUGGGAGCCCGUCUGCUCUGCUCACCCGAACGUGUCUCUCGUCCAGCUGCCGGGCCCGACCCGCGGCGCCGCAGAGACGGUCCUGCUCGGGCUGCGAGGCAUCUCUCGCGCGCUGCGCUCGCGGCCGGUGAUGCUGGUCGACGGCGACACCUUCUACGACGAGGACAUCGUCGGGAAGUAUCGCGACAUCUGCGCAACCUCCAACGGCGUCUUUUACUUUGUCGACACGCAGCCGCAGCCGCUCUACUCGUACGUCGUCUUCGACGAGGCGAGGCGGAUCCUGCAGGUCAAGGAGAAAGUCAAGAUCUCGGACCACGCUAACACGGGAUGCUACUCCUUCAUGAGCGGCGUCGAGCUCGAGGCGCAGUGCCAGGCGCUGCUCGACUCGCAGACGACGCAGCUCUCGCAGGACGCGAUCGGCGAGUUCUACACGUCGGGCGUCAUCGCGCAGAUGAUCGAGGAGGGGCACGCCUUCCGCGCCGUCGAGGUGGACCCGAAGCGGAUGCACGUGCUCGGGACGCCGCCGCAGCUGCAGGCCUUCUGCCUCGCGCAGCAGCGGCAGCCCAAGCUGCGGAUCUGCUUCGACCUCGACCACACCCUCGUCACGGCGCCUCGCGUCUCGGGCGACUACACCACCUGCGAGCCCCUCGCCGAGAACAUCGCCGCCUGCCGCGCGCUCAAGGCGCAGGGGCACCACAUCAUCGUCGCGACCGGGCGGCGGAUGCGCACGCACGGGGGCAACACCGCCGCCGUCGUCGCCGACAUCGGCGCCCUCACCCUGCGGCAGCUGUCCGACUACGGCAUCCCGCACGACGAGGCGCGCGCCUGA